AGCUUGAUCCAUCAGGUGUUCAACCGUUUCUUUGCAUCUUCCAAGAUCAAGCUUGGUCACCUAUUUCGGAAGUAUCUAACUAACCGUCGAGUUCGUACUUGUCCGUCCCAUUCCCAACGCUGCGGUUACUACGCUUGGGCCUUUUGAUUGUGCCUUCAACUUUCUUGGAAUUGCCCCUCGAAGGCCUUCCGGUCCCACUGAGGCCGAACUGUAAAAUCAACAAUGAUAUCUCCUAUUGACAGUGGUCUGCUGAACGAACUGCGGCAGUCAGUUCGAGAUUGUUCUGAUAGAGGGCUAUACGUGGCUUCUAAGUGGUCAUCUGAGCUGCUUUUGGCUAUACCGGUUCAUACUCGUGAUGCGCUGUUAUCAACCCACGCGUCGACAUUUUCCACCUCUACACCGGCUCGUUCUACUUCCCCCCAGCUAGUUUUUUCGUUCUCCAAUCCCUCCCCUGCUCCCACAAAUGCACCUCUCAUACCUUCGACCCCAGUGGCACAAUCGCACAUACCACAACUAUUUAAGCAUCAGCCAGACAAUGAUAUGGAAGAAAUUGAGUGGGAAACUUCAGAAGAUGUCUCUCUGGCAGCUGCCAGAGCCUUCUUUGGAUCUAAAGAAUAUCUCCGCGCGGUGCACGUACUACGGCAUUGCAAGAGUACAACUGCACGUUUUUUGAGUAUCUAUAGUCAAUACUUGGCUAGUGAGAAAAAAGCUUUGCGACAUUGGGAUAGAGUCGCCAACAGUCGGCACCAAACACCACUCCCAGUAAACCCUUCGAUUCUCCAAUUCCUUCAAACGGUACAAAAUGACACAGACCCCUGGCUUUUGUUCUUAAAAUCUCUGUUUCUUUUCCGGCUGUCUCGACGUGAAGAAGCAAUAGAGAGUGCGUUGCUCUCUAUUGCUGGCUAUCCGUGGAACUGGUCACUAUGGACUCUUCUUGGCAGCUGCAUAGGUGAUGGAGAAGAGCUGUCAUCUAUUCUUCCUUUGAUACCUUUACCAUCAACCCACCCUUUGGUGCAGCUAUUCCAGGUCAAAACAAUGAAUGAACUUCAUAGCCCCUCAGAGAACGAGUUAGCUAUAUGCGAUCACCUCCUGAGCGAUGACUUCUUUCGGGGUAGCCUUUGGAUCAUGAGCUUGCGCGCUUGCGUGCUAUAUCAUUUACACGAUUUUGGCCAAGCUGAAGUGCAAUUCGAGCGGAUAUUAUCCCUCGAUCCAUACCGCAUUGAUGACAUCGACGUAUACUCCAACAUUCUCUAUGUAACUGACAAUCGAUUGAAGUUAUCAAGACUCGCACAUGACUUUCUAGAGCUUGAUAAAGACCGUCCAGAAGUUUGUUGUUUGGUUGGGAAUCACCAUUCGCUCCGGGCUGAGCACGAAAAGGCUGUGAAAUACUUUAGACGAGCUACACAAUUAGAUCGGACAUAUCUAUCUGCCUGGACCCUAAUGGGUCACGAAUUCGUUGAAAUGAAGAACUCACAUGCCGCUAUUGAGGCUUACCGCAGGGCCAUUGAUGUUAAUCGGAAGGACUACAGAGCAUGGUAUGGUCUAGGCCAAGCUUACGAGCUUUUGAGCAUGCAUCAAUAUGCGCUGCACUAUUACCAACAUGCCACUGCGCUGCGACCAUAUGAUGUCCGUCUUUGGCAGGCACAAGGGAUGUGUUACGAAGAAAUUGGCCGAUUGCGUGAAGCGGUAGAAUGUAUGAAACGCGCUUUGCUCGGUGCUGACCCGCAUGAGACUACCAUCACCUUAAAGCUUGCAAAAUUGUAUGAAGAGCUAGGUGAACCUCCGGAAGCAGUAGCUUAUCAUAGAAGAGUAGUGGAAGUUUCGAGGGCAAACAUGCGACAGGUGCAAGACUACGCAAAAUCAAGCAUUUACGUCGCCCGCUACCAGAUGACCAUCGCCAAUGGAGAUAUGUCGCUUGCUCAAGAGUAUCUCGAGAAAGUAGCUCAAAGUAACGCGGAAGAAGUUGCACAGGCGUCGGAUUGGCUGAAGAGAUUGAAAACCGUUACAACAGCAAAGUCUAUUCGUCCUGAAUGACUAUUUUGAUAUUCACAAAUGGCAAAGGGUAUUAUGUCGACGAUAUUAUACAUUUAGUGCAUUGCAACUUGAAUACACUAAGUUCCGAGUCCAUCGCAAUUUACCGACUUGCCCUAAA